CAUCCGUAAUCGUUGCAUUUUCUUAGUCAUUCAAGUUUUUCAGUCAAAAUGAGUCGUCACUUCAUUUUUAGUUUUAUUCAAGCUGAUGCAACUGUAACUCAGCGUCAGCAGAUCAACGACAUUACGUCAUACAUCGACGCUUCCAACGUCUACGGCUCUUCUGACGAGCGACUCUCGUCCUUGCGAGAUGGGACUACGCGUACGUAUGACGUCAUGCAAAUAUACCUGACUUCCGGUCGUUGGACAUCCGUUUAUUGGUCAUUUAACAUGCUUAUAGCAGAAAGUGUUAGGAUUUGGGCUAACAUAUUUUACGCUAAAGAGCGUCUGCGCCGAGAUAUUCCAAAUGAUGAAAAAGCGUUCCAACGGACGAGAAAUCUGUUGAUCGGAAUCAUGCAGAAGAUUGUUUACGACGAAUUUCUCCCUGCUUUCCUUUCGCUGGAAGCGAUGAAGAAUUAUAAACUCGCCAGUUCGAAUAAGUUCGAAUACGACUCGAAACUGGAUGCCACCAUCGUCAACCCUUUUGGAAUAGCGUAUCGCAUGGGACGCACAUGGAUCCCCACGUUAGUGUCAGUUUACACAAAGGACUUCAAAUUGUUCUUUCAACAAUUCUUGAACGAGACCUUCUUUGACCCGACCAUGACCUACAUCGAGUCUGUGAACGGAGCUCCAUCUGGGAUGCAGGGACUUGCGUACGCGAUGUUGGCACUCGAGGCACCCGAAACAGAUAGAACCAUCGAUGACGUUGUGCGCAACACUUUGUUCGUCAACCCCGUAGCCGAUACUUCCUUCGAUCUGGCAUCCCUGAACAUCCAGAGGGAUCGCGACCACGGACUCCCUUCCUACAACGAGUACCGGAAGUACUGUGGGCUGUCGGAAGUGACGUCAUGGAGCACCUCAGCAGCGUUAGGAGGACUUGUUAAUCAUGACGCUGACACAAUUACGAAGCUCCAGGCGGAUAUUUAUCCAGGUUUCCUAUACGGCGAUCUGUUUGGCACUCCAAAAGACAUCGACCUGUUCCCCGGGGCCCUAAGCGAGAAGCUCGUCCCAGGGGGAGCCCUGGGUCCGACAAUGGGGUGCAUCAUUGGAGACCAGUUCCGCAGGGUCAAGUUCGGAGACAGAUUCUUCUAUCAAAAUCAAAGGACAGGAUUUAACGAAGCGCAACAGACCGCCAUUCAGAAGUACAGCCUGGCCUCCCUGCAAUGUAGAAACUACCAAUUCAACAAGGUCCAGUUCUCAAACGUCUUCAGACUCUCCGAUCCACUUAAGCGCUGCCAUGAUAUCAGUGACCUCGAUAUUGGACCUUUCCGUCCGUCGACCGGCAAAGGGGACGGCGGUACUGAUGGGCAUGGUGACAGAGGCGGCGGACACGCGCACCAUAAACAGCGUGGCCACGUAGGGCGUUUAUUCCCUCAAUGAAAACUUUACAAUUUAAAACACACACACACACACACACACACACACACACACACGCACGCACGCACGCACGCACGCACGCACACACGCACACACACACACACACACACA